GGCUGGAAACUCCAUCCAGGUCUCCAAGUGUGUAGCAGGGACACAACCACUUGAGCCAUUGCCUGCUGCUUCCCAAGGUACGUAUAAGCAGGAAGCCGAAAUCAGAAGCAGAGCCAGGACUCAAACCCAGGCACUCCAAUGUGGGAUGCAGAAUUUUUCUUUUUUUAUUUGAAAGGCAGAGUGAUAGGGAGAGGAAGACACACACACACACAUACACACACAGAGAGAGAGAGAGAGAGAGAGAGAGUUCAGCCAGUCCAAAGCCAUCCAGGUCUCCCAUGGAGGUACAGGGGCCCAAGCACUUGUGCCAUCUUCCACCGCUUUCCCGGGUGCAUUAGCAGGGACCUGGUUUGAAAGUGCAGCAGCCAUAUGUAGGCAUCUUAACUGCUAUGAUAAAGGCUACCUCAGUGUCUUACUUAAAAACUGUUAGAACAUGGAAGAAAAUUAGACAACCUUGUAUUGCAAAAGAAUAACCUAUGAAGGGGCCAGCGCUGUGGUGUACCCGGUAAAGCCGCCGUGUGUGGUGCCAGCAUCCCAUAUAGGUGCCAGUUUGCAUCCUAGCUGCUCCACUUCCUAUCCAGCUCUCUGCUAUGGCCUGGGAAAGCAGUGGAAGAUGGCCCAAGUCCUUAGGCCCCUGCACUCACAUGGGAGACCCGGAAGAGGUGCCUGGCUCCUGGCUCCUGGCUCCUGGCUUCAGAUCAGUGCAGCUCUGGCCAUUGCAGCCAAUUGGGGAGUGAACCAGCGGAUGGAAGACCUCUCUCUUUCUCUCUCUCUCUCUCUUUCUCUCUGCCUCUCCUUCUUUCUGUAACUCUUUCAAAUAAAUAAAUAACUUUUUUUUAAAAGAAUAGUCUGUGAUGGAUUUCUCUAUCUCCCAUUCACUAUUAAAGAAAAGUGAGUAUAAAAUUAAGCUGUGCUUGUUGGGAGAUAAUCCACCCUGGGUCUCCUGCUUCUUGGUGUUUUGUGACGCACUGGUUGCUUUUGUUCUAGAUUAUCUCUUGAAGGACUUGGUGUAGCCACCAGCCUGGAAGAUAUAAAGGGUGUCUUUCCUGAGCAAAGAGCAGGAUUGUAACCAAGAUUUGACUCCCUCUGGGUCAAAGGUCAGAAAGACAUCUUUGCAGUUAUGGACGAUUUCAUUUCCUGAGCUUGAAAUCUGCCCACGCACCGCAAGCCGCUGCGUGUGUGCAGCUGCCACCUGCUCUUACGUUCUGUGAGGCUCAGGUGUAGAUGCGGAUACUCUGGCUACCGCUAGUGCUGUGAGUAAUGCACUUUUUGUGUGUGUGUGUGUGUGACAGGUAGAGUUAGAGAGAGAGAGAGAGAGAGAGAGAGAGAGAAAGAGACAGAAAGGUCUUCCUUCCAUUGGUUCACCCCCCAAAUGGCCGGCGCACCGCACUGAUCCGAAGCCAGGAGCCAGGUACUUCUCCUGGUCUCCCAUGGGGUGCAGGGGCCAAGCACUUGGGCCACCCUCCACUGCACUCCUGGGCCACAGCAGAGAGCUGGACUGGAAGAGGAGCAACCAGGACUAGAACCCGGCGCCCAUAUGGGAUGCUGGCGCUGCAGGCGGAGGAUUAACCAAGUGAGCCACGGCGCUGGCCCUGUGAGCAAUACACUCUUCAUUUCUCUGGCCCAGGAGUCUGGUCACACUGCCGGUGUAACUGGUGGGCACACUUACUGGCUUGUAAAUAGGAUAAAGUCUCAGGCCUGUCGCAGUUCUUGGCAAUGCUUAUUGAAGAAAUGUUCUGGAAAAUAAAGAUUCUUGUUUACUUUGAGAAUUAUUUUUCUACUUAUUUAAGGGGGGAGGGAUAGAUGCGAGAGGGGAGAGAGCACUCCCGCCUUUUGGUUCACUCCCCAUGAGCCAAAGCUGGGAGGCGGGAGCUCAUUCAGGGCCUCCCACAUGGGUGGCGAACUACCUGAGCUCUCACUGCUGCCUCCCAGGGUCUGCAUUAGCAGGAGACCAGAGACAGGAAGCAGAGCUGGGGAUUGAACCGAGGUGCUCUGAUGUGAGAUGCUGGCAUCCUGAUUGGCAUCGUAACUGCUUGGCUAAAUGCCUAUCCCCGCACUUCCCCCACCCCCUGCCCCCCGCCCAGGGUUUGUUUGUUUAAAGGCAGAGUUAGAGACAGAGAGAGAGAUCUUCCAUCUGCAUGUAUACUUCCCAGAUAGCUGCAAUGGCUGGGGCUGGGUGAGGCCAAAGCCAGGAGCCAGGAGCAUCUUCUGGGUCUCUCAUGUGGGUGCAGGGGCCCAAGCACUUGGGCCAUCUUCCAGUGCUUUCCCAGGUGCAUCAGCAGGGAGCUGGAUUAGAAGUGGAGCAGCCCCCAUUUGGGAUGCUGGUACUGCAGGUAGAGGCUUAACCUGAGCCACAGCGCUGCCCCUCCCCCGUAUUUUAAUCCACUUUUCCUAUGAUCUUUUUGAGGUAGUGGUGGCAGUGACUCCAUGACUGCUGCAUGGGUGUCCUCGCUGGCUGGUCCUGAGCCAUGGGCGGGAGCAGUGUUACCAGACAGCGAUCUUGUGAGGGUGGCUCCUUGUAAUCCAGGGAGACAGAAUCAGUUUCUCUCUCCCUCUUCCCCUCUCUCCACCCCGAGAUUUGUAAACUCUGGGGAAUCGGCUUGUGUGAUUGUGGAGGCCUGGCAGGUCAGGAGACCCUGGGGGCAGGCUUUUUCUACCAAGGCCUUUGACCGAGUGCCCGGGGCCCAUCCCACGAUGGGGGGCAGUGUGCUGACUCAAGUGUGCAUCUCGUGUAGAAAGCACAUGCACAUCUAGAACUUGGUACCCUGGCCCAGCCAAGUUGUCACGUCAAAUUAACCACCCACACCCGGCUGACCUGCCUCCUGCUGAUUUUUGACAGGCGCUCAAUAUUGUUUGUUUUUUAAUUUUGUUGAAGGUCUCAUCCCAUAAAAUGAGUCAUUUUGAAGUGAAUGGCUCAGUGGCAUUGGGCACAUUUGUGGUGCUGCACAAGCACCAGCUCUGUCCGGUUCUGAGUCACUUUCAUCGGCCACCUGAUGGCGGUCACUGCCCAUCUCCUGCCCCCAGCCCACGGCAGCCGCCAGUCUGCGUUCUCUGUCUAUGGAGUUUCCUGUCCUUCCUGUUUCAUAUAAAAGGAUUCAUACAAUACAUGAUCUUUGUGUCACCUGUUGCUUGAUGCUUUAGAAAUUUAUCCAUGUUGUGGCACGAAUCACAAGUCGAUUCAUUUUUAUGGCCAAAUAAAACACCGUGUUGGUAGAGUCAGUGUUUUAUUUUAAAGAAAUCCUUUUCUGCUGAAAUUAGCCCUACAGGUAUUGCUUCUCCUUUGUAGGGAAGAAGCAGUUGUAGUUUUUUAAAGACUUAUUUAUUUAUUAGAAAGGCAGAGGCAGGGGCAGAGAGAGAGAGAGAGAGAGAGAGACUUCCAUCUGCUGGUUCACUCCCCAAAUGACCACAAUGGCCGGAGCUGCGCCGAUCCAAAGCCAGGAGCCAGGAAUUUCUUCCAGGUCUCCCAUGCGGGUGCAGGUACCCAAGGACUUGGGCCAUCUUCUGCUGCUUUCCCAGGCCAUAGCAGAGAGCUGGAUCAGAAGUGGAGCAGCCGGGACUGGAACCAGCACCCAUAGGGAAUGCCGGCACUGCAGUGGUGGCUUACCCGCUACAUCACAGCGCCAGCCCCAGUAAUGUGUUCUUGACAUUCCCAUGUGUAAAGUGGAGAACUGCACCAUCACUGAUCUUCUCUCCAGGUGAGCAGAAAGGAGGAAGCGAGGGUGUCCCAGAAAGCAUAGGAACACCUGCGGGCACAGCCCCACAUGACCAAGGCGCUGAGGCUUGAGGUUGUGCGACAGUCAGUCGGGGAUUUGUCUCUGCCAAGGUGCCUUCAAGUCUGGUCUCUUUCAGUUUUGCCCCAAGAGCCACAUGGGAACUUUGGGUAAUGGUCUAUGUCAUCACCGUUGGUCCAAAGGGGACAAAGUAGAAGAGGCAGCUACUCUCUUCUUGUCUCUAAUGAGGCUCUCGGGGAAUGUGUCCCAGGGGCUGAGGGGCUGCUGUAAAGGCCCCUCUGUGAUUGCCCCGAGCACUUUGUGGCACGCAGAGCUGAGCGAGGAAGUCCUGCUCCUCACGGGUCAGGACCUGCCUGGGUUUCUGGGACUUCCCAAUCUUUACAACAAAGAGCGGCGUGGGCCGGGUGCGCGCAGGUGAACGACAGGAGCGCACCAGUGCCAGCUUCCUCCAGGCAGGCGCCAGAGUGGAGACGCCGAUCUCUGCUUAGACAUCGAGGUCUUCUGAGAAACUUCCGUGUGCACCUUGCUGAUGCAGGGACAGCAGUAGGAGUCUCGAGCUCCCUGCUUGUCACUGGAACCCGGUAAUAACCGUCAGCCGUUUCUCUUGCCUCUAUAGGAGCCACUAAGGCAUUGGGGGGGGGGGGAGAACAGCGAUGUAAGCAGAGAUACUCAGCCAGGGGCUGUGUGGUGUCCCGUGUUGAACACGGGAGGAGAAUUAGGGAGCCUGGCAGGAAACACGGAACGGAGUGUAGCAAACCCCAGUGCAGCAGCUCCCUGGACUGUUCUGCAGACCUGUUCCCGCCUGCAGCCUGAACACACCUUAAUCAUCCUCGUCCGAGGUUCUGAAUUCGCCGUUCUCUGUUCACCUGGGCUCAGACCCAUGGGAGGGGCCAACGAGUCGAGCGUCUCCGAGUUCCUCCUCCUGGGACUCUCGCGGCAGCCCCAGCAGCAGCGGCUGCUGUUUGCGCUCUUCCUGAGCAUGUACCUGGCCACGGUCCUGGGGAACCUGCUCAUCGUCCUGGCCAUCGGCACAGACUCCCGCCUGCACACCCCCAUGUACUUCUUCCUCAGCAACCUGUCCUUCGUGGACGUCUGCUUCUCCUCCACCACCGUCCCCAAGAUGCUGGCCAAUCACGCCCUCGGGAGUCAGGCCAUCUCCUACUCUGGCUGUCUCACGCAGAUGUACUUUCUCUUCAUGUUCGUGGACAUGGACAAUUUCCUCCUGGCCGUGAUGGCCUAUGACCGCUUUGUCGCCGUGUGCCACCCCUUACAUUACACGACGAGGAUGACUCGUCAGCUCUGUGUCCUGCUGGUCGUCGGGUCCUGGGUCAUUGCCAACCUGAAUUCCCUGUUGCACACCCUGCUGAUGGCGCGACUGUCCUUCUGUGGGGACAACGCCAUCCCCCACUUCUUCUGUGAUGUGACUCCUCUCCUGAAGCUCUCCUGCUCGGACACACAGCUCAAUGAGGCGAUGAUUCUGACUGAGGGGGCCCUGGUCAUGAUCGCCCCGUUUGUCUGCAUCCUGGCUUCCUACGCCCACAUCACCUGUGCUGUGCUGAGGGUGCCAUCCACGCGGGGCAGGUGGAAAGCCUUCUCCACCUGCGGCUCGCACCUGGCUGUGGUUUCCCUCUUCUAUGGCACCAUCAUCGCUGUGUAUUUCAGCCCUUCGUCCUCGCACUCGGCUGAGAAGGACACCGCGGCCACCGUGCUGUACACGGUGGUGACCCCCAUGCUGAACCCCUUCAUCUACAGCCUGAGGAACCGGGACUUGAAGGCGGCGCUCAGAAGAGCGGUCGGCAGCAAGACGUUCUCUGCCUGAUGAGAGAAUCACAAGGCAGAAUCUCACUGCCAAGGAAACGUGUUUUUUGCCACUUGGGCUCAGUGUGGCGGCUGUUUGAUCCGAGGCAGACGGGAGCGGGCGGGAGGUGAUGCCUCGCCUGGAGCCCUGUUGCUUCUGAGAAAACGCCGGCUAUUGAGUUAUUUUACAACAGGUCAGCUGCUUCCUUUUUAAGGGAUGUGUGUGGAGGAGGCGCACUCGCCUGGGAAGCCUUCACAGUUCACCUGCGCCCGGUCCCCAACACUGAGCCCAGGCUCUCUGGAGGCCGGGUCCUCGCCCGAGAGCUGAGACGCCACCUCGGUGAGUGGCACCGCUGUCAGGGGGGCACCUCCCUCCACAGCGGUGGGGCCACACAACCCCACAAACUGGUUUUGGGAGUCAAACCAAAGGACGGUGGAGUGGGCAGUCACCGUCCAGAGGCGGCUCCCUGUGUGCACGUGGCCCUGGUGUUGGGAGGCGAAGCUCUCCCGGUGCGCACAGAGCCGGGCUAUCCGAAGGCGAGGACCCUGUGUGCACGCAGCCAGGCUGUAGGGAGGCGAGGACCCUGUGUGCUCGAAGCCGGGCGUAGGGAGGCCCCAGGGCCGUCGGGAGGCGAGGCUUCAGUACCUGACAUUUGCUGGGGAAGGAGUGGUUCAGCUGGGGUCAUGGAUGUCUUUGCAACAAACUAACAUUGGCUGUUCCCACUGCCCAGACCACCUGCUCCGUUCUCUGACUGGCCCCACCCCUCCCCCACCCUAUUCCUUCCCCCACCCCUCCUCCCUCCGUCCGGAGUCCUGGCUGGGCAUUUGUCGCAGUGGUUAAGCCUCCGCUUGGGAGUACCUGGUUGAGCCCUGGCUCUGCUUCCUGCUGCUAAUGCAGACCCCAGGAGAGAGCUGGUGAUGGUUCAAGUACUUGGGUCCCUGCCAUCCACACAGGAGACUUCCAUUGGAUUUUAGGUACCUGGCUCUGGCCUGACUCAGUCUUGGCUGUUGUGGGCAUUUGGGGCAUGAAGGGAGAUCCCUCUCUCUGUCUCUGUAGGUCUGUCUCUGCCUUUCAUAAAUGAGAAAGAACCGAGUCAAAUGCCUCCUCCCCCUCUGUGGCCCCCUGACUCCUUGUUGUGGUUCUCAUGGCUCUGUUUUGCCUUUUUUCUCCCCUUGCAAUGAGGGCCUCCCACAGAUGCUGAGACACCCCCAGACCCAGUUGGGCACAUGCCCCAGUGUCUGGCACCCAUCCUAGACCAUGGGAAAAAUCAACUUUAGCUGAAAGAAAAUGAAUGGAGGACCGAAUACUUGCCUUAACUUGUAACUUGCACUUUCUUGCUUUAGAAAGUUAACAAACCGUUUCCGUAUUGAAAGGAGGGGCUUACACAUCCCCCUGGAGAAGCAGAGUGGCCCAUGUCCUUGCUGGAGCCAGGCGCUGUGACUGUAGCUGCUCAGAGCUGGUUACCGGGGCUGGCACUGUGGCUGUGGCAUAGCGGGUAAAGCCACCGCCUGCAGUGCCGGCAUCCUACAUGUCCCAGCUGCUCCACUUCCGAUCCAGCUCUCUGCUAUGGCCUGGGAAAGCAGUGGAAGAUGGCCCAAGUCCUUGGGCCCCUGCACCCGCAUGGGAGACCCAGAAGAAGCUCCUGGCUUCGGGUCGGCACAGUUCCAGCCGUUGCAGCCGCCUGGGGAGUGAACCAGCAGAUGGAGGACCUCUCUCUCUCUCUCUAUCUGCCUGUCUGUAACUUUGCCUUUCAAAUAAAAUAAAUAAAUCUUAUUAAAAAAAAAAAAGCUGGUUGCCAUCUGCCCACGACUUCUGUGAUGUCCUCUUCCUUUGUCCCGUGUCAGCAAAGACCUUGGGGUGCGCGUUUAAAACCUGCAGGGAUUUCAUCACACGCGUGCAGUGUCUGUCAUCCACACCCCAACCCUGAGCUGUUUGAAGUGUCUCUGUGCUGUAAGCCACCUUUCCUGGUGUGUCCGUCCCAGCAGCGUGAGUGACCCCACAGCAUGCUUGCUUGCUUUCUCCGAGUGACACAUUUCUCCAGCUUGGAGAAAAAAAUGAACAUCACCUUUCUUUCAUUUCUUCAUUAUUUCUGCCUGACACCAGCUGCCUUUGCUAGCGGACACCAGACUUGCUCAGAGGAGUCGGCCAGCCCUUGCUGCGUAUCCUGCCGGGGAGAGGGAACUGGGAGUCGGACGUGCCCGCAGGCGUGAGCUCUCGCACUUCAGCGUGUAGCGUGGCUUCCAAACCCUCAUGCCGGUGGUCUGCUGUUUGCCCUGUGGCCCACAUCGUUUGGGGACCACGCGGAGACCUCCUCUGAGGUUUGGGUGACAGGCUACCUGCAUUCGAAUAAGGUCAGCCCUCCAGUGAAGGGUGACUGUGGGCCCUGGUGGAUAUGCCCACUGUGGCCUCCCACCCCGUGGCGUCAAGCCGGCUCUCCCAUGAACACCCAGCUCAGGUCACCCUUCUCCCUUGCAGUCCCCUCUGGGUCCUUUCGUGUGGAAUGGACUUGAAUCAAAUUUUCUCUACUGUAUAGUUGUAUUUUUAUUUUUAAAGAUUUAUUUAUUUGAAAGAGUUAGAGAGAGAGAGAGAGAGAGGUCUUGCAUCACUGGUUCACUCCUCAGAUGGCUGCAAUGGUCAUACUGAAGCCAAGAGUGUCUUCUACUGUUUUUCCUGAUUUAUUUAGUCAAUGUAUAAACUAUAAUAAUUAACAUCUUACUUCUCUUUAAAAAUGUCAUGUAUUUAUUUGAAAAGCAAUGGCUGGGGCUAGUCCAGGCAAAAUCAGGAGCCAGGAACUCCAUCCGGGUCUCCCGCGUGGAUGCAGGGGUCAAGGACUGGAGCCAUCGCUGCUUCCCCGGGGCAUCAGCAGGGGGCUAGACGGGAAGCGUGAAGCAUCAGUGUUUCAGUAUGGGACAUGGGGCCACAGGGGGUGGCUUAGCCUUCUGUGCCACAGUGCUGGCACUCUCUCUUUGUGUGCGGUAUUAGCUCUUGGUUUUUGACUGGACGUUGGGUGGUGGAGGGUGUAGAGAUUCAUGGACGGUGCACACUUCCCAAGAUCCUGCUUUCUGGGAACACAGUGAUCUUGGUCCUCUUUACAUCUUUUUUCCUCUUAAGAAUAUUUUUAUUACUCUGAUUUUUUAAAAAGAUUGAUUGAUUUAUUUUAAAAGCAGAGCUGAGAGAGAGAUAGAGGUCUUCCAUCCACUGGUUCACUCCCCAGAUGGCCGCAAUGGACAGAGCUAUGCCAAUCUGAAGCCAGGAGCUUCCUCUGGGUCUCCCAUGAGCUGGAUUGGAAGUGAAGUAGCUGGGACUCGAACCGGCACCCCAGGUGGCAGCUUUACCUGCUAUGCCACAGCACCAGUCCCAGUAUUGAGCAUUUUACUAGCUCUACAUUCUUGUGACCUGAGCUUGCUCAUUCUCAGACUUUCCACAACAGUUCACUUGGAUGAAGUCUCCUUCCCUCUGUAACAGGAUCUUACUUAUUUGAGAAGGAGGGAGGGAGGGAGGGAGACAUCACAGCACUUCCAUCUGCUGGCCCACUCCCCAAAUGCUUGCAAAAGGCUGGAAACUCCAUCCAGGUCUCCAAGUGUGUAGCAGGGACACAACCACUUGAGCCAUCGCCUGCUGCUUCCCAAGGUACGUAUAAGCAGGAAGCCGAAAUCAGAAGCAGAGCCAGGACUCAAACCCAGGCACUCCAAUGUGGGAUGCAGAAUUUUUCUUUUUUUAUUUGAAAGGCAGAGUGAUAGGGAGAGGAAGACACACACACACACAUACACACACACACACAGAGUUCAGCCAGUCCAAAGCCAGUAGCCAUCCAGGUCUCCCAUGGAGGACAGGGGCCCAAGCACUUGUGCCAUCUUCCACUGCUUUCCCGGGUGCAUUAGCAGGGACCUGGUUUGGAAGUGCAGCAGCCAUAUGUAGGCAUCUUAACUGCUAUGAUAAAGGCUGCCUCAGGGUCUUACUUAAAAAACUGUUAGAACAUGGAAGAAAAUUAGACAACCUUGUAUUGCAAAAGAAUAACCUAUGAAGGGGCCAGCGCUGUGGUGUACCCAGUAAAGCCGCCGCCUGUGGUGCCGGCAUUCCGUAUGGGUGCCAGUUUGCGUCCCGGCUGCUCCACUUCCCAUCCAGCUCUCUGCUAUGGCCUGGGAAAGCAGUAGAAGAUAGUCCAAGUCCUUAGGCCCCUGCACUCACAUGGGAGACCCGGAAGAGGCGCCUGGCUCCUGGCUCCUGGCUCCUGGCUCCUGGCUUCAGAUUGGUGCAGCUCUGGCCAUUGCAGCCAAUUGGGAGUGAACCAGCGGAUGGAAGACCUCUCUCUCUCUCUCUCUCUCUCUCUCUCUCUCUCUCUCUCUUUCUCUCUGCCUCUCCUUCUUUCUGUAACUCUUUCAAAUAAAUAAAUAACUUUUUUUUUUUAAAGAAUAGUCUAUGAUGGAUUUCUCUAUCUCCCAUUCACUAUUAAAGACAAGUGAUCAUAAAAUUAAGCUGUGCUUGUUGGGAGAUAAUCCACCCUGGGUCUCCUGCUUCUUGGUGUUUUGUGACACACUGAUUGGUUUUGUUCUAGAUUAUCUCUUGAAGGACUUGGUGUAGCCACCAGCCUGGAAGAUAUAAAGGGUGUCUUUCCUGAGCAAAGAGCAGGAUUGUAACCAAGAUUUGACUCCCUCUGGGUCAAAGGUCAGAAAGACAUCUUUGCAGUUAUGGACGAUUCCAUUUCCUGAGCUUGAAAUCUGCCCAUGCACCGCAAGCCGCUGCGUGUGUGCAGCUGCCACCUGCUCUUACGUUCUGUGAGGCUCAGGUGUAGAUGCGGAUACUCUGGCUACCGCUAGUGCUGUGAGUAAUGCACUUUUUGUGUGUGUGUGUGUGUGUGACAGGUAGAGUUAUAGACAGAGAGAGAGAGAGAGAGAGAGAGAGAGAGAAAGAGACAGAGAGAAAGGUCUUCCUUCCAUUGGUUCACCCCCCAAAUGGCUGCUAUGGCCGGCGCACUGUGCUGAUCCAAAGCCAGGAGCCAGGUGCUUCCUCUUGGUCUCCCAUGCAGGUGCAGGGCCCAAGCACUUGGGCCAUCCUCCACUGCACUCCCGGGCCACAGCAGAGAGCUGGACUGGAAGAGGAGCAACUGGGACUAGAACCCGGCACCGCAACUGGGACUAGAACCCGGCGCCCAUAUGGGAUGCCAGCACCACAGGCGGAGGAUUAACCAAGUGAGCCACGGCGCCGGCCCUGUGAGCAAUACACUCUUCAUUUCUCUGGCCCAGGAGUCUGGUCACACUGCCGGUGUAACUGGUGGGCGCACUUACUGGCUUGUAAAUAGGAUAAAGUCUCAGGCCUGUCGCAGUUCUUGGCAAUGCUUAUUGAAGAAAUGUUCUGGAAAAUAAAGAUUCUUGUUUACUUUGAGAAUUAUUUUUCUUCUUAUUUAAGGGGGGAGGGAUGGAUGUGAGAGGGGAGAGAGCACUCCCGCCUUUUGGUUCACUCCCCAUGAGCCAAAGCUGGGAGGCGGGAGCUCAUUCAGGGCCUCCCACAUGGGUGACGAACUACCUGAGCUCUCACUGCUGCCUCCCAGGGUCUGCAUUAGCAGGAGACCAGAGACAGGAAGCAGAGCCGGGGAUUGAACCGAGGUGCUCUGAUGUGAGAUGCUGGCAUCCUGAUUGGCAUCUUAACUGCUUGGCUAAAGGCCUAUCCCCGCACUCCCCCCUACCCCCCGCCCCCUGCCCAGGGUUUGUUUGUUUAAAGGCAGAGUUAGAGACAGAGAGAGAGAUCUUCCAUCUGCAUGUACACGUCCCAGAUAGUUGCAAUGGCUGGGGCUGGGUGAGGCCAAAGCCAGGAGCCAGGAGCAUCUUCUGGGUCUCUCGUGUGGGUGCAGGGGCCCAAGUAUUUGGGCCAUCUUCUGCUGCUUUCCCAGGUGCAUCAGCAGGGAGCUGGAUUAGAAGUGGAGCAGCCCCCAUUUGGGAUGCUGGUACUGCAGGUAGAGGCUUAACCUGAGCCACAGCGCUGCCCCUCCCCCGUAUUUUAAUCCACUUUUCCUGUGAUCUUUUUGAGGUAGUGGUGGCAGUGACUCCAUGACUGCUGCAUGGGUGGUGUCCUCGCUGGCUGGUCCUGAGCCAUGGGCGGGAGCAGUGUUACCAGCCAGCGAUCUUGUGAGAGUGGAUUCUUGUAAUCCAGGGAGACAGAAUCAGUUUCUCUCUCCCUCUUCCCCUCUCUCCACCCCGAGAUUUGUAAACUCUGGGGAAUCGGCUCGUGUGAGUGUGGAGGCCUGGCAGGUCAGGAGACCCUGGGGGCAGGCUUUUUCUACCAAGGCCUUUGACCGAGUGCACAGGGCCCAUCCCACGAUGGGGGGCAGUGUGCUGACUCAAGUGUGCAUCUCGUGUAGAAAGCACAUGCACAUCUAGAACUUGGUACCCUGGCCCAGCCAAGUUGUCACGUCAAAUUAACCACCCACACCCGGCUGACCUGCCUCCUGCUGAUUUUUGACAGGCGCUCAAUAUUGUUUGUUUUUUAAUUUUGUUGAAGGUCUCAUCCCAUAAAAUGAGUCAUUUUGAAGGGAAUGGCUCAGUGGCAUUGGGCACAUUUGUGGUGCUGCACAAGCACCAGCUCUGUCCGGUUCUGAGUCACUUUCAUCGGCCACCUGAUGGCGGUCACUGCCCAUCUCCUGCCCCCAGCCCACGGCAGCCGCCAGUCUGCGUUCUCUGUCUAUGGAGUUUCCUGUCCUUCCUGUUUCAUAUAAAAGGAUUCAUACAAUACAUGAUCUUUGUGUCACCUGUUGCUUGAUGCUUUAGAAAUUUAUCCAUGUUGUGGCACGAAUCACAAGUCGAUUCAUUUUUAUGGCCAAAUAAAACACCGUGUUGGUAGAGUCAGUGUUUUAUUUUAAAGAAAUCCUUUUCUGCUGAAAUUAGCCCUACAGGUAUUGCUUCUCCUUUGUAGGGAAGAAGCAGUUGUAGUUUUUUAAAGACUUAUUUAUUUAUUAGAAAGGCAGAGGCAGGGGCAGAGAGAGAGAGAGAGAGAGAGAGAGAGAGACUUCCAUCUGCUGGUUCACUCCCCAAAUGACCACAAUGGCCGGAGCUGCGCCGAUCCAAAGCCAGGAGCCAGGAAUUUCUUCCAGGUCUCCCAUGCGGGUGCAGGUACCCAAGGACUUGGGCCAUCUUCCGCUGUUUUCCCAGGCCAUAGCAGAGAGCUGGAUCAGAAGUGGAGCAGCCGGGACUGGAACCAGCACCCAUAGGGAAUGCCGGCACUGCAGUGGUGGCUUACCCGCUACAUCACAGCGCCAGCCCCAGUAAUGUGUUCUUGACAUUCCCAUGUGUAAAGUGGAGAACUUCACCAUCACUGAUUUUCUCUCCAGGUGAGCAGAAAGGAGGAAGCGAGGGUGUCCCAGAAAGCAUAGGAACACCUGCGGGCACAGCCCCACAUGACCAAGGCGCUGAGGCUUGAGGUUGUGCGACAGUCAGUCGGGGAUUUGUCUCUGCCAAGGUGCCUUCAAGUCUGGUCUCUUUCAGUUUUGCCCCAAGAGCCACAUGGGAACUUUGGGUAAUGGUCUAUGUCAUCACCGUUGGUCCAAAGGGGACAAAGUAGAAGAGGCAGCUACUCUCUUCUUGUCUCUAAUGAGGCUCUCGGGGAAUGUGUCCCAGGGGCUGAGGGGCUGCUGUAAAGGCCCCUCUGUGAUUCCCCAAGCACUUUGUGGCACGCAGGGCUGAGCGAGGAAGUCCUGCUCCUCACGGGUCAGGACCUGCCUGGGUUUCCGGGACUUCCCAAUCUUUACAACAAAGAGCGGCGUGGGCCGGGUGCGCGCAGGUGAACGACAGGAGCGCACCAGUGCCAGCUUCCUCCAGGCAGGCGCCACAGUGGAGACGCCGAUCUCUGCUUAGACAUCGAGGUCUUCUGAGAAACUUCCGUGUGCACCUUGCUGAUGCAGGGACAGCAGUAGGAGUCUCGAGCUCCCUGCUUGUCACUGGAACCCGGUAAUAACCGUCAGCCGUUUCUCUUGCCUCUAUAGGAGCCACUAAGGCAUUGGGGGGGGGGGGGAGAACAGCGAUGUAAGCA